AUGAGACGGCCAAAUAUUAAAUGGCUGUUUAAAACGGCAUGCCUACUAAUUAUUGCCGGAACGCUAUUUAUCCUUAUAACGGGAUAUCUUUCGGCCAGUCCGUAUACAAAUAAACCCUCAUAUAUACAAAAGCCAAAUGCUGCAGCACAGAAAUCCUUGGGUCACAAUGACAGGCAUCAUCCUGUGGCAGAUUUAGUGGAACAACCAGUUGGACCGGCUCCAGAUGAGCAAAGACCACCAAAAGUGGCUCCUGUCGAGCAACCGAAAAUAAAACGUGAUGACAAUAGCAACGACAACGAUGCUGCCAACAACGAUAUAUUGGAAGAAGAGCGACAGGAACAACAAGGCGAAAUGCAGCAGCAACAGCAGCCACAAUUGUUGCCACCUAGCCACACAAAGAAGGAUUGGCACGAUUAUACUGCCAUGGAACGUGAUGCCAAACGUGUCGGUUUUGGGGAACAGGGCAAGAGAGCCUAUAACAAUGACGAAUCCACUAAAGAUUUAGAAAGGAAAAUGUCGCUUGAAAACGGAUUCAAUGCCUAUUUAUCAGAUAUGAUAUCGGUCAAUCGUUCAGUGCCAGAUAUACGCAAUAAAGGUUGUCGGAGUAAACUGUACGACAGCGAGCUAUUAACUGUUAGCGUAGUUAUUCCAUAUUAUAACGAACACUUUAGUGUCCUAGUCCGUUCCAUACACAGUUUAGUGAAUCGCUCGCCACCAGAGUUGCUCAAGGAGAUUAUAUUGGUCGACGAUUUUAGUGAUCGGGAAUACCUUUUCAAGCAGCUUGAUCAGUAUGUGGAAGAAAAUUUUCCACAUCUCGUACAAAUUAUACGUCUAAAGCAACGCACUGGCCUGAUUGGGGCACGUAUGGCCGGAGCUCGUAAAGCUACUGCCGAUGUUUUGAUAUUUUUGGAUUCUCAUAUAGAAGCUAACUAUAAUUGGUUGCCACCAUUGCUGGAACCUAUUAAAUUCAAUAAACGCACUGCCGUAUGCCCCUUCAUCGAUGUCAUCGAUCAUAGUAAUUUUGAAUAUCGCGCCCAGGAUGAAGGUGCUCGCGGAGCCUUUGAUUGGGAAUUUUACUAUAAACGCUUGCCUUUAUUACCCGAAGAUCUCGUGGAUAGGACCAAACCGUUUAAGAGCCCUGUAAUGGCAGGUGGUCUCUUCGCGAUUUCCAGAGAAUUCUUUUUCGAGCUCGGCGGCUAUGACGAGGGACUGGAUAUAUGGGGCGGUGAGCAAUACGAGCUGAGUUUCAAAAUAUGGAUGUGUGGCGGUGAGAUGUACGAUGCACCUUGUUCGCGUAUAGCUCACAUAUACCGUGGUCCUCGCAAUAGUAUGCCAAGUCCCCGUAAAGGCGACUAUGUUCACAGAAACUAUAAACGUGUAGCAGAGGUGUGGAUGGACGAAUACAAACAGUAUUUGUACGAACAUGGCCAGGGAAUAUAUGAAAAGAUCGAUGCUGGCGAUCUAACCGAACAGAAAGCUAUACGAGAAAAGCUUCACUGCAAAUCGUUCAAGUGGUUUAUGGAGAAUGUUGCAUUUGAUUUGACAAAGGUAUAUCCACCUGUUGAACCGGCUGAUUAUGCUUAUGGCGCAAUUCAAAACGUGGGUGCGCCUACGUUGUGCGUUGAUACUUUGGGAAAACCUCGACAUUCAGAAAUUGGUUUAUAUCCAUGCCACGAAGAAUUGGAAAGGCCGCAACGUAAUCAAAAUUUGGCUCUUAGUUGGCAUAGGGAUCUGCGUUUGAGACGAAAACUUGACUGCUUGGACGUACAACAGACACACAAAAAUGCCCCAGUUUGGCUUUGGGAUUGUCAUGGUCAGGGUGGCAAUCAAUUUUGGUCUUAUGACAGAGAUCAUAAAUGGCUGGUACAUGGACGCAAUCACGGCAGUAGCAAGCGCUGUUUGGAAGCAUCCCCUAAAGAUCGAAAACUUUACGUAAAUAUCUGUGACGAAGAUAACCUAUAUAUGCAGUGGAAUUUCGGAGUGGUAAAUAAUACAGCAUUAGACAGUUUUUGGGAUGAUAUUCCAAGCUCCCUCUAA